GACGUCCAUGGAAAUGUAGCCUUGGACGAUUGAGCUAACAUGAGAUUCAGCAGCUUAUAACGGUCUUCAUCAGACUAUAUUUAUUCAUUAUUUGUCUAAGUUCAGUUUGUAUUCUGACAUUUGAGAGGCCAGCAAGUUCAUUACCAGCACAGCCGCUAUCACUCCAACAUGCUUCUCACGAACUCCCUCCGAGUCCUAUGCUUCGGAGACAGCCUAACAGCUGGGAGUACACAAGGCGGUGCAUUAUUGCAUCCUUAUGGAAUCUCAUUGCAAGCUUCUCUGGAGAAGUCAUUGCCAUCAUGGGAUAUAGCGGUAGAUAUUCAGGGCCUAGGUGGUGAUCAAGCUGUCAGCCCACCAGGUCUCUUCUUCCCAAGGAUGGAUAAGUUGUACACAGAAGUCCACCCAAAGACCCCAUACGACUGGGCCAUCGUCCUUGGCGGCACAAAUGACCUCAACCAGAACCGUCUUCCAUCAGACAUCUUUCCCGCGCUGGAAAGGGUGUGGGAUAUCCCUCUCUCAAACAACACCAAGUUGCUCGCCUUGACAGUCACAGACUGUGGAGCGUGUGCUCCUGUCGUACCCGAGAGGAGGGCUGAUUUGAAUAAGAGGAUUUUGGACCACAAAGCUGACAACUACUAUGUAUUCGAUCUCUAUAAAGCCAUCCCAUACUGGGGUAUGUCUGAGAAACGCAGGAAGGAGAUCUGGGAUGAUACUUUACAUUUUACAGUCAAAGGGUAUGAUCUUAUUGGUAAGCUGCUAGCGGAUCGGAUUGUGGAAUUGGAGAAGCAGGCACAGAGUGAGAACGAGAGUCCGAGGACUGACGAGCUGGUGAGGGAAGAAUUGAGGAGCUUGAGAGAUAGUACGAAGGCUGGAGGGGAAGAGAACCAAGGACAGUUGGAAUUAUGA